UUGUGUACACAUCUCAGUCCUAGCAGCAGCCGCACAUCCCUGCGCUCUGCUCCUCCUAACUCUGGGAUUCUUGCUCUGGGAUUCCUCCUCUGGAUCCUCCUUGACAUUGGCCGAGGCAAAAAAUAAAAAGAAAUUUCCAAAAAUAGCAAAAACUGCAGCAUCUAAACGGCCCCCCUCUCCACCUCCUCGUACUCAUGAGAUUCUUACUUUGGGAAACUGCAUGAAGAUCUUGAUCUCUUCGCCUCCUUGGAAUUGUGGGAUUAAAAAAUAAGAAAAAAGAAAGAGACAGAUUUUUGUUUUUUAAUGGUUUUAUUUUUGUCCGCCUUUUUGGCUAGAAUUUUUUGGGAGCAAGUUCUUCAUCUCUUGGAAGUGUUUCUAUAAGCUUUGGGUUUUAUUUUUUAUUUUUUUUUGCAUUGUGAAGUGGUGACCAUGGUUUGGAGGUUGCAAGCAGAUAGGUACCAGUUGCCUCGCCUGCUUCUAAGACUCCUCUUCCUUCUCCCUACAGGACUGCCUGUCCGCAGCGUGGAUUUUAACCGAAGCACAGAUAACAUCACUGUCCGGCAAGGGGAUACAGCUGUGAUCAGAUGUUUCAUAGAAGACAAGAGCUCCAAGGUGGCAUGGUUGAACCGCUCAGCCAUUAUUUUUGCUGGACAGGACAAAUGGUCUCUUGAUCCCCGGGUAGACCUGGACAAGAGAAGCAUUCUUGAGUACAGCCUCCGCAUCCAGAAAGUGGACGUCUAUGACGAGGGACCUUAUAUUUGUUCAGUGCAGACACAGCAUCACACCAAGACAGCCCAGGUCUAUCUGAUUGUCCAAGUUCCACCAAAGAUCUCCAACAUCUCCGCGGACAUCACUGUGAACGAAGGAAGCAACGUGACUCUGGUGUGCAUCGCUAAUGGACGCCCAGAUCCAAUCAUCACCUGGAGGCAUCUGAACCCAACAGCCAGAGACUUUGAAGGAGAAGAGGAAUAUCUGGAUAUCCAAGGCAUCACUAGAGAGCAGUCUGGAAAAUAUGAGUGCAAGGCGGCCAACGAAGUAGCUUCACCUGAUGUAAAACAAGUCCGGGUCACUGUGAACUACCCCCCUAUGAUAACCGAGUCCAAGAGCAUCGAGGCCAUCACAGGCAAGCAGGCGUACCUCCGCUGUGAGGCCUCAGCUGAGCCCAAGCCGGACUUUGAGUGGUAUAAGGAUGACACGAGGAUAAACAGCGCACAGGGUCUGGAGAUCAAGAGUAUGGGGAACCGAUCCACUCUGAUGGUUGCAAAUGUCACUGAGGAGCACUAUGGAAACUACACCUGCGUAGCCGCUAACAAGCUGGGUGUCACCAACACCAGCCUAUACCUCUAUAAAAGAGACAGCAGCAGCCGCUUCAAGCAGAAAGGACCUGGAACGGUGAUAGCAGACAAUGGAUCCACCAGCCUGGCUGCUUCCAUCUGGCUAAUGGCUAUUUCCCUCUUCUGCCUAAUUUGCAAAUGUUAAUAAAAUACAUAUAUACAAGAAAAAAAAAA